GAUGAAGUUGAAUGGGUAAAACACAUGCAUACAAUGACUUCACUGUCCAGAAAAACCUGCAGACUUCUGGGUUGCUGUCAUUUACUGAAACGAGAGAACAACGUGACACACAACAGUCAUUUAUCAUUUACACAAAGAAGGCUGUGGCACGAGAGAUGGGGAGAAGUGAAGGAGGAGCAGGUGUCCCAGAAGUCCCCUCCCAAUGACAACCUACUGCUGCAAUUACUAAACCUCAACAAACAAAUGGUGAACAACAAGGACCCGUUCUACGUGAUGGAUCACUUCAUGAACAACAUUUUAUAUGAGGAUGAAAAUAUGGUUGCCUUCAACAAACCAAUUGGAUUGCCACUGACAUAUAACCCUCCAAAGAGCAUGAAGAAUUCUGAUUUGACAGAACCUGUGGUAAACUUAGAUGGAUUGCUACCAGAGCUGGCUAAGCGAUUGUUCUGUUCCAAACUAUAUGUAUCUCUUCCCGUGGACAGAAUGUGUAGUGGUGUCAUUAUUUUAACAAAGUCUGAGAAGUACAACCAAUACCUGCGAAAAAGAUUUUUCAGCUUAAAAGUGACUGAUCAGCUUCCUUAUCAACACUGGGAUGUUUUAUGUGUUGAAAUUCCUGACAAGCUUCCAAAAGAAAAGGAGAUACUGUAUUAUAGCAAGGAGAAGUAUAAAGAUAUUUACCUGCCACAGACAGUAUUCUGUAAACCCAGUAAAAAUGAGAGGAAGAAAGGCCAGGUAUACAGCACGACCUUGUGUGGGGAGGUCAUUGGGAGGAACAAGGAGAAGGGGGCCAGAAGUAGUCAUGUCAGGAUCUCAGUUACCUCAGCAACAAACCAUGUGAUCCCUGCCUACCUGAGUGAGAGGUAUGCCCCUGUGUUAGGGGACCAGGAGUAUUUCUGGAGGGCUGUUAGUGUAGGGGGACAAAAUGUUACAAUAUUGAAACAAAUUCCAGCUGCUGGUAUUCCGAGGCCACAGGAGCUGUCAAAGGGAAUCCUACAAAAUCUUGAAAUCAAGCAGGGCCAUGUACAGAACCUGCCACCAUUUCUACACAGGUCUGCUGUCGACAUCGUACAUCUGAAGAAAACCAAGAAGGAGCAGUUUACAAUACAGGCGCCAUUACCAGACUUCUUCCUUGUUACUAAAUAUAGACUGCUAAAGGACGAACAGUCCAAGGCAGAAUUUUCUGAAAAGUUUAGUUAUGUUGGCAGAAAAGGUGGUCCUUCAAAGGAAGAAAGAAAGUCUGAUAAAGUUAACCUUGAGGGAUGGCAAUCAAAUUUAACAGAACAGGAUGAAAAGAUUCUUGAAUAAAAUCUUUUGGAAAAAAU